AAGCUGCUGAGAGACUCCUUCAGAGGCUUCCCCAGCUACUGCUGCUACUGCUUCAAACAAGGAUCUGGUCACUCAGGCAAAAGAAAAUGAAUGUGACUAAAAGUGUCAGAAGUCAGAAGACAAUGCACGUAGCUUUUUCAAGAGAGAUGAAGAUACUAACAAUACAAGAUGACAGCGAUGUGAGUGAAGUGGCUUUAGCCCUAGCUGAGGAUGCCAUUGCAGCUGCUGUUAAGUUUGUGGAAGAAGAGGAAAACCCCAUCAAAAACAUUAAAUGGAUCACCCAUGGUGAAUUCACAGCGGAAAGGGGCCGUAGACAAAUUGAUGAGUUCGUUUCGACUUGGGAUUGUGAAAGUCACUGGGUGUGCUAUACAGAGUUUGUAGAGAGGAAAGACUUAAUUCAUUCCUUCCACUACAUAUACUGUGUACGCUGGAGCAUGUCAACCGCUCGGAGACCCAUGGCACGAGUCAGUGCUGCUGUCUACUUCACCAUAAAGAUCAACAAAGGCAAACCUCCGGAUGCACCCAUUGAUGUCUCUUAUACCCUUGAGGACCAAUCAUUAGUUCAAAGACCAGGAAUGAUUCGCUUUCGAGAAAAAUGGCUGACGGACAUUAUCGAGACCAAAAAUGAUAUACUGGAAAUACUUGCUUCUAAUUCAAUAUUUAUUGCCUGAUUUU